UUGCGGAUGUUUAGCGUAGCAGAUCGAAUUCCCCGAUUGAGUAAUGUCGCUGAUCGAGUCGAUGGCGAAUAAUGACUGUAAACAGCUCCGAAAUAAAACAGACAAACGAUAGCGAAAUACAUUAUCGUUACCAAAAGCUGAUCUGAUGUGGAGAGUGUGUUUUGCUGAUUUCUCCGGGCUGACAUGGCAUCCUCCCCCCAGAUGUGUCUCAGCCUCUAUCAUCUGCUGCUCCUCACCAUUUCACCACUGCACAGCCAUUCCUUCUUCUUUCCCUCUCAAACGUCCUCUUCCUGCGGUCCGGGCCGGUCCUGGGCGGUGCGGCUCGACGCGGGCUCUGUGAAAGCGGGGCAUUCGCUGGACAGGCUGGCCCAGAGUGUGGCGGAGGAGGUGGGCCUGGAGAAUCACGGGCAGAUCGGGCAGCUGGAGGGACACUACCUGCUCUGCCAAGGACUGGAAAACUCCGCAGAUGCUGACUCGCACUCGACGAUGUCCGCUCUGGAUCAGAACCCUCAUGUGCUCUGGCACUCACAGGAACACAUCCUCAGACGGUCCAAGAGGAGCGUGAGCUUCAAUGACCCGAAAUAUCCCAGCCAGUGGCACUUGCACAACGAUGUGAAACAUGGAAUGGACAUCAAUGUGACUGGUGUUUGGGAGCGAAACAUCACUGGCGUCGGGAUCACAGUGGUUGUGGUGGAUGACGGUGUUCAGCACACACUGGCAGAUAUUCAGCCCAACUAUAGUCCUGAGGGUAGUUAUGAUCUAAACUCGAACGACCCUGACCCCAUGCCUCAUCCUGACAGCCACAGCGACAACCAUCACGGCACACGCUGCGCUGGGGAGAUCGCCGCCGUCUCAAACAACAGCUUCUGCGCUGUAGGAGUCGCAUACGGAUCAAAAGUGGCAGGCAUCAGAGUUUUGGACGGGCCCCUCACAGACAGCAUGGAGGCUGUUGCUUUUAACAAGCAUUACCAAGUUAAUGACGUCUACAGCUGCAGUUGGGGUCCAGAUGACGAUGGCCGUACAGUUGAUGGACCGCAUCCUUUAGGCAAGGCGGCGCUGCAGCAUGGAGUUAUUGCAGGCAGGAGAGGCUUCGGUAGCAUAUUUGUUGUCGCCAGUGGUAAUGGAGGACAGUAUGAAGACAACUGCAACUACGAUGGCUACGCUAACUCCAUCUACACCGUCACCAUUGGAGCGGUUGAUGAGAAUGGCAGAAAGCCGUUUUAUGCAGAAGAGUGUGCGUCUAUGCUGGCCGUCACAUUCAGCAGUGGGAGCAGACAGCUGCGCAGUAUAGUGACUUCUGACUGGUCGCUGCAGAGCGGCACAGGCUGUACGGACGGCCACACAGGCACUUCCGCAGCUGCUCCUCUGGCAGCAGGAAUGGUGGCGCUCAUGCUGCAGGUGCGGCCGUGUCUCAGCUGGCGGGACGUCCAGCACCUCAUAGCCUACACAGCGACACAGCAUGACGGUGACGUUCAGGCUGACUGGGGAAUUAAUGGAGCCGGUUUCCAUCACAGUCACAAGUACGGCUUCGGAUUGCUGAACGCCUGGAGGCUGGUUAAUGCUGCCAAGGUCUGGGAGUCCGUCCCGUUUUUGGUGUCCUACCAGAGCCCAGUUUUAAAGGCCAAUGAAGACAUCCCAGCCUAUCCCAAAACUCUCACUCACACUUGGAAUGUCACGCAGUCUGAGCUGAGGCAGUCGGGCAUGCAGACGCUGGAGCAUGUGUCUGUUACUGUGACUAUCGUUCAUCCGCGCCGCGGGAACGUGGAGAUCUGGCUCAUCUGUCCAAGUGGAAUGAGCUCGCUGAUCGGAGCCAGGAGACCGCUGGAUGUAGAUAUGUCUGGAUUGACGGACUGGACCUUUUCCACUGUGCGCUGCUGGGGAGAAAGAGCUGAUGGACAGUACAGUCUACGGAUCACCGACCACAAAGAGUCGUCUCUGUCCUCGGGCGUCCUGAAGCAAUGGAAAAUCACUCUGUACGGCUCAUCUCUGUCUCACCAGCAGGUGAAAGAACGACAGAGGGUUGUUGAAGAUGCCAUGGGUGGACAGUAUCUGAACAGCAGUUUUGCUCUUCCCUGCCCUCCUGGCAUCGAUGUUCCUCCUGAAAUUGUGAGCCCGUUCACCUCGAGCAGCCUAAAGUCUCUCCUGCUGCUGGGCUGUUUCGCUCUCUUCUGGUCGCUCUAUUACACUCUCGAGGUGACCCUUACUCACUGGGACUGGCGUGGAUGCAGUAUGACCAGGACGGGACGGGACAGAGGCUUUCAGGCUGCAUCCAUGGGCCUAGAGGACAGUCAGGUGGUGGAAAUCCAGCCCGAGUUGGACAAUGAGGCCAAAGUCCCGCUCAUUGCUGCUGAUGAGAACACGUAGCACUCAGGGAAAAACCGGACCUUCUGUUCUCCUCUCUUUUGUCUCUUUGUCUCAGUUUCUUUUGUUCGAAAUUUCAGGUUGCACUUCACUUUUGUUUAAGCUUGUGAGUUAUGCUCUAUUUUGAGUUGCCUUCUAUUGUUUUAUUUGAUUUAUUUGUUUUUACGUGUUCCUGACAAUGUUAUCUUAUAAGAGUGCCUGACUUGGAGUGCAGUAUUUGAAACAUAUAAGAUUGGAUGACUGAAAGAUUGUAUGAUGUGAUUUGCUGAAUGCUGCUGCGUGAAUGAUAUUUUUAGUUUAAUAUAAUGACUUUUUUUUUCUUAAUGGUGAUGCAUUGAAUGUGUCAUUAUUAGGUCUUUUCCGAGUAUAAAUACCUCCAACACUCGAAUUUCACAAGAAAGAGAUUGUUUAAAGUCAAGACAGACAUUUUACUGAUUCUAGGCUUUUCUUUUUUAAACUGAAGUGUGGUAUUCUUGUGAACAAGAACCAAGAUGUGGUUUGAAUAAAAACAAAAAGGGAAACCGUUUCAGUGUCUCUGUUAUCUUUGCAUGCAUUUAUGAUAUCAGACGUGCACUCAAUCAACAAAAAAUGUUUGCAAACUACGAUUUUUUUUUUUUUUUUUUUU